AUGUUGAUGCUUUUUACAUUUGGUAAGGAACGUCCAAAUCACCUUUCCACAAUGCGAAAAUUAAAAGGGGUUGUUAAAGAAACCGCCAAACGUGAAAGAAAGCAGGAGUUUGCAAAAAUGCGGCAACAGAUGCACACUAUUGUUUUACCAACCUUCGCUGUGAUCUUCCUUCUCAUAUGUGUUUAUGUUUAUUUUAAAACUAGACCAGCUGCAAUGCAAUAUGCG